GCGGCGGCGAGUCGGGAUAAACACUCGGCGGUGGCGGCUGGGCUCCUGUCUCCGUGCUGUCCCAUCGCUGCCCCUCCUGGCUGGCCAGCGCGGCGGCUCCUCGGUGUUCCCGGCCGGUGGCCCCCGGGCACGGAGAGGCGGCCAGCCGGGUGCAGGAUGGCGACAGCCGUCGGGAUGAACAUCCAGCUGCUGCUGGAGGCGGCCGACUACCUGGAGCGGCGGGAGAGAGAAGCUGAACAUGGGUAUGCCUCCAUGUUGCCAUAUAGCAAGGACAGAGAUGCCUUCAAACGGAGGAACAAGCCCAAGAAGAACAGCACCAGUAGCAGAUCAACUCACAAUGAGAUGGAAAAGAACAGGCGUGCUCACCUCCGCCUGUGCCUAGAGAAGCUAAAGGGAUUGGUACCGCUGGGCCCUGAGUCAAGCCGACACACCACCCUGAGCUUGCUGACAAAAGCCAAAUUGCACAUAAAGAAACUUGAAGACUGUGACAGAAAAGCUGUCCACCAAAUAGACCAGCUUCAGCGGGAACAGCGGCACCUGAAGCGGAGGCUGGAGAANCUGGGUGCCGAGAGGACUCGGAUGGACAGCGUGGGCUCUGUGGUGUCCUCGGAGCGCUCCGACUCUGAUAGGGAAGAGCUGGACGUGGACGUGGAUGUAGACGUGGACGUGGACGUGGAUGUGGAGGGCACAGACUACCUCAAUGGGGACCUGGGCUGGAGCAGCAGCGUGAGUGACUCGGACGAGCGAGGCAGCAUGCAGAGCCUGGGCAGUGACGAGGGCUACUCCAGUGCCACUGUCAAAAGAGCCAAGCUCCAGGACGGGCACAAGGCGGGCCUCGGUCUAUAGGAGAGUCCUCUCCACCUCACCGGGUUAGGUAGUGUACCGGACCUGUCCAGACGCCCUUGCACGCAAACCUCAUGUACCACCUUGACCAAUAGCAGCUCUGUCCACUUUGCAGAAAGCACAUGGGGUUGUGGUCUUGAGCGCAGUCAGUAGCUUCUCUGUCCAUACAUGUCGGCACUGAGAGAUGCACAUUCCAAUCAGUUCAGAGCACCCAAGAAUCCUUAGCCCAAGCAAGUGUCACCUCUCAGCAGCCCCCUGUGCACUGUCCUGCAGCUGACGAGAUCUUUCCUAGUUUUCUGGCUCACGAUGAUACUCACCCAGGAGAGAAGUUCGAGCUUUGUCUGGCGCGUAGGAAACCACAGCAAGCAAACUUCUCAAAGGGAACUCAAUCUCAGAAACCCCAAAGGAAGCUUUGAAAGCAAAACCGAAGAGCACUGAGAAGCCAGGAGCACCUCCAGCAAGCCCUGCUGCGGCCCUACUGUGGCCCGGUCGCAGUGCUGAGGCGGCUCUGCUUAAGAGCGGGCACUCGGCAGCUCAGGAGAACAGUGUGCCCCCUGCGUGCUGUUCUGGGGGCUUGGUGUGUGCUGUGUCUCAAGGCCCCCCCAUGCCCCGAGUUUGUUGAUGCUCCUUGUCUCUGGAACAUUGUCCUACCUCAGAGAUAGAUGAGACCUCCUUGUCCACAUGACGAAGUCACUGCUUCUUUGUCCCCAUGGUCCCUCCCAUCUGCGCCCCUGUCGGAUUCCCAGCAAUAACUGAGUUUUGGCACUGGCUGAGCUAGUAGCCACUAUCUGUGAGAGAAAGAGGCCACAUUUCUUCUCUGUGGCAAGUGCACGGGAGGGUUCCCCACGUCACCAGAGCCCUCCUGCUAAGUUAUCUUUGAACACAUCUGGGAGUUUCCUUCUGGAGACGUCCGGGUCUGUGGCUAAAAGGAUGAUUUUUUUCCCCUUGUGGCAUUUUUAUUUAAGGUAAACCAGAGCACAUGUGUAUGUACAUAAGACACACAACACCUAUAAAUACUAUUUAUUCAUUUUAUAUAAACUAAUGUAAUGCAAUAUAAAUUCUUAUGACUGCUUUUAUAGAUGUUCUAGAAACUUUGUACGUAGCUGUCUACAAAAUUAAUUCAUUCCCCUGAAUAUUUUUGCAUUCAUACUCUGAGGUCUGGAUGUUUUCAGCCUCUGGCGAGUCUUUUUCACUGAAUCCGAACCACCUAUAAAGACUGUGCUCUGUGGCCGAACCUGUGUCACCAGGUAAUGGGACAGUCCUGAGAUCCACAGGUGUCACCUAAGGGCUCCACAGCUGACUCAACAGCAGGCAGCUACACAGUCACACACCCCCUCCUCAAGUCCAAACACACCCUGGCAGAGAGAAUAGUCCCANCCACACAAGGUCACUGUGGAAGGCAUGUGUUCCUUGAUGGUCCCAAAGUCCUGUUUUGGCUUUUUUUUUAACUUGUUGGAGUGUUUUCCAAAUACCAGCUGAAAUGUAGCCCAGAAACACAGCUUGGAUACCAUUUGUGUUUGUAAAGCCCCUUCCAGAGCCUAGCAGCGCAGGUGUCCAGGGAGCUGGCAGGCCUGGCUCUAGAUACAGCUGUGCCUGGAGGGCCCCUGGAUCCCCACCCGUUAGACCUCGAGGGCAUCAGGUCUGUUCACUGCACCCAAAGGCAACGGGAGGACGCUGUGGGCUGCCCAGGGGAGGGAACAAACCUCUACACAUCUUUAUUCCACUUAGAAGGUAUCUGAGAGACACCGCCAUUCUCUGUGCUUUCAUUGUUGCGCCUUUGAGUUAAACUGCUUUUUAUUUUUUAUUUUUGUCUUUCAGUUGAAAUAUGAAGUGUACUGUCCCAACAUAAAACAGUGAUUAUUUGACCUUCACCCUGUUUGUCUGGUCCUUGCAUAGGUGUGUAUGUAGAUCUCUGUAUUCUUAGAGCACUUGACAGGCUAACUGCCAAGGGCAGGCCUGACUCUGGAAGCUGGACUGAGUCACUGUGGUAGGCAGGCUUUUCUCUGACCAAAACUGUAACUUUUGGGGACCUGCAGGCGUUGCCCAGGGCAGCUAAUUCCCACCCAGUCUCUCCUUCACUCAUCACCAGCACGUCUGCCAAGAGCUAGGCUCCAGGGUGGUUUUUGUCUGCUUAAGCAAAAGGAGAAACCUUUCUAUUAAAGUUGUUGGGGGGGGGGGAGCGCGUGAGGAAGACGCAGGUAUGAACCCCAGCAUUAAGACUUUGACGUUGUACAAGAACAGAAGUGUGUCAGUCAGUGAAGCCCCUGGAUAUUUAUAUGUGAAAGUUCCUUCUGAAACUAAAAUCUCAGCUGUACCCUAGCGACACUGUCGCAAUAUAAGUGGGAUCACANGAGCUUGCUGUCAACUUCAUCCCAUGCCACAAGGAAAUUGUCUGCAUCGCCCGGAAAACACAGAAUGGCUUUGGAUGUCUGCCCUGCAGCCAACAAGUGUUGAUUCGGGUUUUCUUUGGCUAGCCAGGUAUCUUGAAAUCAGUAGCACCGACCAGUGCCUCUGCCCUUGAAGAACUGGUGCUGGCUUGGUGAGGCCAUGAACAGGACCUGAUUUUCCCUCCGGACCCAAGGCUAGAAUGUCUCCAGCUGGGAUCCCUGAGUUGGGCAGGCCCAACCCUACAGUGGCUCCUGGGAUAGUUUUACUGUUUGUUUUUAAAGUAGCAUUUUCACCUACCCCUGNUGUGUUCGACAGAAGCCGGGCUUUCCUGUGGCCCUUCUCCCCAUGUCUGAUGGGGCCAAGGAUGUUUGGGGUGUAAGAACACAGGAGAUGGCAUAUGAUACUCAAAACCUUCUAGCAAUAUCUUGGGGACUUGACGAUGAGUUCUGUGGACUUUCUCCCUCUUGCCUUCUUCCCUGCCCCUUCAAGAGAGAACUUAUUUUUUGAAGAGCAUAUAUAGACACAUUAAGGUUUUAUACCAUGCUGUAUUGGCAGGAAUACCACUUUUGUUGUGGUCUGUAAUUUAUCAGCCACAUCCUGCUUUCUGUUUCUUUCCUGGCUCCAGUGUUUUGUCUCCCUGCUUGACCAUCCCUGUGUGUGUCCUGCUAUUUUUCUGUCUCUUUGGUAUUUCAAUGGCUGCUACUCCUGACUUAGUGCUUCUGGGAGAAGCCAGUGCAGCGCCUUUUGCCGUGUGCUGGCCACUCUCGUGCUGUGUGCCCAGAGCACUGUAGUCUGCAGCAUGGUUCGUUUUCAGAGAUCCUGGGUUGAGGUGGUGUGAAAUGUGAUCCAUCAAUACUUCUAAUACUUUUCUUUAACUGUGGGCUUCUAAAAGAAAUCGUUGAUUGGCACCAUUACAUUCCACUCGUGGAUGGCCAAAGAAAUUGACUGUUUAGCGUAUCUCAAAAUCAGACGGUGAGAAUCAGGAAGGCGCUCUGUGCUGGGCUAUGCCUGGAUGUCUUCCUUUGCAUUCUUACUCUGUCUAGGAGGGCAGUGGGUUGAAGAGGGCAUUCUUCUUUUUAGCUUUGAUCUAAAAAACCAAGCUUGCCUCUACCGCUGUCCCUAGAAUUGGUGCUCUGGUAUGUUGCUGUGAGUGGCUAGUUUGGGGGACCAUCUUUCUAAAGGUGGACGGCCUCCGCAGGAGAGCCGCGUGUGAAGAACAGGAAGCGCGUUUCNAGGUGUUUCUUUCUGUAAAUAUGGUGCCAAUGUAAACCUCUGCUGAGACUGGAGAAUGGUGCUUGGGGGGGGGGGGCUGCAGUUAGCACACUUGUUUUUAGAAGCCAUCAUGAUUUAGAGACUCCUUGCUGUGUGUAAAGUUAUGUGUCCGUCCAUUAACAAAUAAAUUAUUUCACUAUUAAA